ACGCGCUGUGUCGGCGCGGCGGGGCGGGGCCGGAGCGGCGGGAGCGGGGCCGGGGCCGAGCCCAGUCCCAGGCCUAGGCCCGAUCCCAGGCCCGAGCCCAGGGCCGAGCCUCCGCGGCCCUUCCCGCACGGACACCGCAGGUGAGCGGGGCGGGGGGCGGCGGCGAGGCGGAGACCGGUGGUCACAGCGUCGGGUGUCCCCGUUAUGUCCCGUGUGCGGCCCUCUGGGGAGGGGCACGCAUCUUGGCUGUUCCAGGUGACGCGAGAAGGAAAGAACGGGGAAAACGAGGCAGUGUGUGGGAAGAGCGCCUUCCGGCAGGAGACCCGCGGCGACCGGCGGCACUUACCGCUCCGCACUUCUCAAAGGCUUGGCGUGACUCAGUUUCCCCGCGCUGAGUACCCCGGGGGCAACUGUGAGUGAGCUCCCUGUUGUGCCUCCAUCCAAGGACACUCGGGGGGAUUCCUGGGAUGUCCCGGGCACGGCGAGGAGCUGCCCGGCAGAGACAGGGAUGGCAGGAAGGAAAAAGCAGCAAACGCCGUCCCUGUUUGAGGAUGGACUUUCUCAAUCGGCCGGGUUCCACUUGAUCCCUCCUCAAAAGACCAUGGAUUUCCCAGGGCACUUUGAGCAGGUCUUCCAGCAGCUCAACUACCAGCGGCUGCACGGGCAGCUGUGCGACUGCGUCAUCGUGGUGGGCAACCGGCACUUCAAGGCGCACCGCUCGGUGCUGGCCGCCUGCAGCACGCACUUCCGCGCGCUCUUCACCGUGGCCGAGGGCGACCAGACCAUGAACAUGAUCCAGCUGGACAGCGAGGUGGUGACGGCCGAGGCCUUCGCCGCGCUCGUCGACAUGAUGUACACCUCCACGCUGAUGCUGGGCGAGAGCAACGUGAUGGACGUGCUGCUGGCCGCCUCCCACCUGCACCUCAACUCGGUGGUGAAGGCCUGCAAGCACUACCUGACCACGCGGACGCUGCCGCUGUCGCCGCCCAGCGAGCGCGCGCAGGAGCAGAGCGCGCGGCUGCAGCGCUCCUUCAUGCUGCAGCAGCUGGGGCUCAGCAUCGUCAGCUCGGCGCUGGGCUCCUCGCAGGGCGCCGAGGAGCCGCCCGGCGCCGUGGGCGCGGCGCUGCGCGGCGGGCUGGAGCAGCGCGCCGCCUUCCCCAUGCGCCGCCUGCACAAGCGCAAGCAGUCCUCCGAGGAGCGCGCCCGCCAGCGCGUCCGGCCCGCCAUGGACGAGCCCGUGGGCGACGUGGCCGCCGAGAGCGGGCAGCCCGUGGUGCACUCCAGGGAGGAUUUCUUCUCUCCCGACUCGCUGAAGAUGGUGGACAACCCCAAGGCCGACGCGGUUGCCGACAACCAGGAGGACAACACGAUCAUGUUCGACCAGUCUUUCGGGGCUCAGGAGGAUGCUCAAGUGCCCAGCCAGUCAGACAAUGGCGGGGGGAACAUCUCCCAGAUGUCCAUGGCGUCCCAGGCCACGCAGGUGGAAACCAGCUUCGACCAGGAGGCCGCUGCUGAGAAGAGCAACUUCCCGUGUGAGAAUCCGGAGGUCAGCCUCGGUGAGAAGGAGCACAUGAGGGUGGUGGUGAAGUCUGAGCCGCUGAGCUCCCCGGAGCCUCAGGAUGAGGUGAGCGAUGUCACCUCCCAGGCGGAGGGCAGCGAGUCGGUGGAGGUGGAAGGAGGAGUGGUGAGUGCAGAGAAGAUAGAGCUGAGUCCCGAGAGCAGCGACCGCAGCUUCUCGGACCCUCAGUCCAGCACCGACAGGGUGGGAGACAUCCACAUCAUGGACGUGUCCAACAACCUGGAGCACAAGUCUUCCUUCAGCAUUUCAAAUUUUUUGAACAAAAGCAGGGGAGGUGGCUUUGGCACCAGCCAAAACAACGACGACAACAUUCCCAACACCACCAGUGACUGCAGGAUGGACAGCGACGCCCCUUACCUGAUGAGCCCGGAGGCGGGGCCCGCCGGUGGCCACUCCUCUGCCGCCGUCUCGCACGUGGAGAACCCGUUCAGCGAGCCCGCGGACUCCCACUUUGUGAGGCCCAUGCAGGAUGUGAUGGGCCUGCCCUGCGUGCAGACCUCCGGCUACCGAGCGGCGGAGCAGUUCGGCAUGGAUUUCCCCCGCUCAGGCCUGGGCUUGCACUCGCUGUCUCGGGCCAUGAUGGGCUCCGUGAGGGGCGGGGCUGGCGGCUUUCCUGGCUACCGCCGCAUCGCCCCCAAAAUGCCCGUGGUGACCUCUGUGCGGGGCUCGCAGCUGCAGGAGAGCUCCUCGGGCUCGCAGCUGAUGAUGAACGGGAGCGCGUCCUUCGAGGCCGGGCACCUGUCGCAGCCGGGCCCGCCGCAGCUGACGCGCGCCUCGGCCGACGUGCUGUCCAAGUGCAAGAAGGCUCUGUCGGAGCACAACGUGCUGGUGGUGGAGGGCGCGCGCAAGUACGCCUGCAAGAUCUGCUGCAAGACCUUCCUGACGCUGACGGACUGCAAGAAGCACAUCCGCGUGCACACGGGGGAGAAGCCCUACGCCUGCCUCAAGUGCGGCAAGCGCUUCAGCCAGUCCAGCCACCUCUACAAACACUCUAAGACCACCUGCCUCAGGUGGCAGAGCAGCAACCUGCCCAGCAGCUUGCUGUGAGCUGCCGGCCCGGCGCGGAGGAGCCCCGCCGCCGGCGGGGACGGGCGGGCGCACACCGGCGUGCCGCGGUGCCAAACACAGUCUUGGCUCUGCCAUUGGGGAUAUCCGGUACCUACCUCGCGGGUGUCGCCGCCGGAGCCGCGCGGCGGGAUGGGGAUGAGGCCCCACUGUGGGGAUGAGACCCCACUGUGGGAAUGAGACCCCAUUGUGGGGAUAAGGCCCCAUGGGUGGGGAUUAGACCCCACAGGUGGGGAUGAGACCCCACUGUGGGGAUGAGACCCCAUGGGUGGGGAUGAGACCCCACAGAUGGGGAUGAGACUCCACGGGUGGGGAUGAGACUCCACGGAUGGGGAUGAGGCCCUACGGGUGGGGAUGAGGCCCCAUGGGUGGGGAUGAGGCCCCAUGGGUGGGGAUGAGGCCCCAUGGCGGGAUGGGGAUGAGGCCCCACGGGUGGGGAUGAGGCCCCACGGGUGGGGAUUAGACCCCACAGGUGGGGAUGAGACCCCACUGUGGGGAUGAGACCCCAUGGAUGGGGAUGAGACCCCACGGGUGGGGAUGAGACCCCACGGGUGGGGAUGAGACCCCAUGGAUGGGGAUGAGGCCCCACUGUGGGGAUGAGGCCCCACUGUGGGGAUGAGACCCCAUGGAUGGGGAUGAGGCCCCACGGAUGGGGAUAAGACCCCACUGUGGGGAUGAGACCCCACGGGUGGGGAUAGACCCCAGGGCGGGAUGGGGAUGAGACCCCACUGUGGGGGCGGGGAUGUGACCCCACGGCGAAGAGCCCCUUUGCAGGGCAGAGGGGUGACAGCACGGGGGUCUCCUGAAAUCGCACGGUUUGAGAACAGCGAACUGACGUGCGCGUUUUUUUUUUUUUUUUUUCUUUUUCCUUCUCUCUAAAGCAUUUUGUAACAGUGAAAGCAUUUAAAUGAUUACUGUAACAUGAGUUGCUGCAUUACGUGAGGAUGGUGGUGCAGAGCCCUUACCUUUAAAAGAGAAAAACGGCUUAGGCUGCACCUGUCUGACAUAAUGCUUUAAAAUAUGCUAAUUAUGACAAUAGUUCUAGGAUUAUGAAUGUAUGUUUGGCUGUUUUGUAGUAAAGGACACUGUGUAAUCAAGGUGCUUAAAUUAAAUCCCAGACAAGUAACUUCUGGACUGCCAGGUGUACAUAUAACUUUAAUACAGCAAGAUCUGGAUAUUUGGCUGUUUUUUUUUUUCCUGUAGAAACGAGUAUUAAGUGGUAAGUGAAGUACUGUCUGUUGUUUGUGCUAUUCCUAGCAGUAUUUUAACCAGUUUGUAUCUCCUAUGUUACGAUUCUAUAUACACAGAAGUUUGAGCAGAGCUUGUCUUUGUCUGUCGUUUUGAAGGAGAGGGAGUCUGUGCUGGCUUUUUUGGCCACGGAAGGCAAGCAGCAUCUGGCUGCUGCCAGAUGCCCACAGUGCAUCUGGUCCCCGUUAUGGCGUGAGCAUGUUGUCUUUUCCUCUUUAUCUCCAGGCUUUAAUUUCCUGCCCGGCGCGCUGGGCGACUUCCCUUGGCAGCUGUGCAUCUGUCCUUGGGGCGCGUGGCUCCCAGGUCAGGAGCAAUCCUGCUUUGCCAUAUUGCACAGAGUCACAGGCUGUGCUCAGCUGGAAGGGAGCCCUCGGCACCACUGUGUCCAGCUCCUGGCCUUGCCGGGGAUACCCCAACAAUCCCAUCUUGUGCCUGACACUUCUUCACCUCAGGCAGCCUUGGGGUGCUGACCCCGUCCCUGGGGAUCUUGUUCAGUGCCAGACCAGCCCUCUGGGUGAAAAGCCUUUCCUGGUAGCCAACCCAAACCUCCCCUGACUCACCUUCAGCCGUUUUCUCACGUCCUGUCACUGGUCAUGAGCGUGAGGAGGUCUGCACCUGCCCCUCUGCUGCUCCUCAGGAGGAUGACGAGGGGGAUGAAGACCUCAGUGCCCUCUCCUCCAGGCCGAGCAAACCAAGUGCCCUCAGCUGCUCCUCGUAAAGCUUCCUCCCCGUUCCCCUCAGCACCCCACGGCCUCCUUUGGACAGGCUCUGCCAGCUGAAUGUCUGCAUGAUGGUGCUGACACUGCCCCAGCACCUGGGGUGAGGCUGCCCCAGAGCAGAGCAGAGCAGGACCCCCUCCUCACCCUGCUGCUGACACCCCCAGGACACAACUGGCCCUCCUGGCUGCCAGGGCACGGCUGGCUCACAUCCUGUAAAAUGUCCUU